AAGGAGAUGCCUUUGAAAGAUUCUGUGGAAUGGUUCCAAGAGGAUCAAACGGUGCUUGCUAUCCUUCAUGGAGCUCUAGAUCUGUCGGUGCUUGAGUCCUACUCCUAUUGUGAGAGUGCAAAGGAGCUUUGGGAAACCCUGAAGAAUGUGUUUGGGAACACAUGUAAUCUCACAAGGGUAUUUGAGGUCAAAAAGGCGAUUAACUGUCUUCACCAAGGAGAUCUGGACUUCAAUACCUUCUUUGGGAAGUUUAGGUCUCUAUGGGCAGAGCUGGAGAUGCUCAGGCCUGCUACUGUUGAUGCUGAGGUUCUAAAUGAAAGGAGAGAGCAGGACAAGGUCUUUGCUCUUCUAAUGGUGUUGAAUCCAGCUUUUAACGAUCUCAUCAAGCAUCUUCUUAGAGCUACAAAACUACCAAGCCUGGAGGAAGUCUGUUCUCAGAUCCAGAGGGAACAAGGGUCUUUGGGUCUCUUCGGCAAUAAAGGAAGCGACUUGGUGAUGGCCAACAAAGGUGAAGCUGCAGUAGCCAACAAAGGAGCCUAUGGUGGUGAGGACCGUGAGGUUUGGGUGUGUGAGCAUUGUAAAAAGAAGGGUCACCUGAAGAGCAAGUGCUGGAUCCUGUAUCCACAUCUCAAGCAAAGCCGCAGCAAAGACCAGAGAAAGCCAAGGGCGAAUGAAGCUCAUGCUCAGGAGGAGGCUGGCCCCUCAGACCGUGAGAAGGAAGGGGUUGCUAUGAGGGCCUCAGCUGAAUAUGUGAAGAAAUCAGACCUGGAUGCUCUCAUCAAGGCUCUUAAAGAGUCUGGAUAUUAAGUCAAGUAAGCUUCUUGGACAAGGAACUACUAAAGAUGGGCUUUAUGUUCUUGAAGACACUAAGCCAUCUUCUCUAUCUAAUGCUUUUGUUUUUAGUUCUGUUGUUGAAAUAAUGCAUUGUGGCAUGCUAGAUUGGGUCAUCCCCAUCAUAGGUCUUUGAAUCUGAUGUUACCUGAUGUUAAGUUUGAUAAUAAUGCUUGUGAAGCUUGUAUCUUGGGUAAACAUUGUA